AUGGUGUCCUGCAUCACAAACUGCAUAGAAAAACCUAUACGAAUAGGUUUUGAGAGAAUUGGUAAAUUCGUCGGGCUUCACCCGUGGUGGUUUGUCAGUCUUCCGCUGGUGAUGUCCGCAUCUCUCGGAGGAGGAUUUUACUUUCUGCAGGACCUGAAAUCAAACAAUAUAGUGGAGCAGUUCACGCCAAAGAAUGGACGUGCAAAAGUGGAGAGGCACUUCUUUCAAGAAACUUUUCCACAGACAGACACAGAAUUUUCAGUGCUGCGACUAAACACUGAUGGGGUCUUCGCAUCUGUGAUAUUUUCUUGUAAAACAAAUGUAUUCAGCGCUGAUGUAUUAGAGGAAAUCCUACGCAUAGAUGGAGAAGUUAAAGGCUUUAUCGUGAAUCAUAGCUCAAGGCAGUUGACUUUCUCAGACAUAUGCGCAACUGUGAACGGAAAGUGUUACCCAAACGCAUUGCUUGAUGUCUUAAAUUAUAAUGCGAGCAAUAUUCACUUAGUCAACGUAACAUUCCCUAUGUUUUGUCAGUCGGAGUUCAACUGUAUUUACUUUGGAAAUGACAUUAGUGAAGUGGAUGUGGAUGACAAUGGAGUUGUUCAAAGUGCCAAAGCAGUGAAACUUGUAUAUUAUUUACAAGAGAACUCUACACUGGGAGACAUUUGGCUUCAAGGAUUUGUGAACUUGUUCGGUAAUUCGACAACCUCCCUCACAGAAGUGUCCUUUUUCACCUCUAUAUCAAGACAACAGGAAUUUGAGAAGAGCACUGCAUCCGUCACUCAGCUUUUUGCAAUCACAUAUUUUCUUGCCAUUUCAUUUUCAAUAAUAUCUUGUCUGAGGCUUGACAAUGUCAGGAGUAAAGUGUGGGUGGCAUCUCUUGGAGUGUUCUCAACUGCACAAGCAGUGCUGUCCAGUUUUGGGUUGCUACUACUCUUGAAUGUGCCCUUUGUUAUCACUGUGGCAUCAUCGCCAUUCCUUAUUCUUGGGAUUGGUAUCGAUGACAUGUUCAUCAUGAUCUCCAGCUGGCAGAGGACCAACGUUCAAGACUCAGUGCCAGAUCGCAUGGCGCGCACCUACAGAGAAGCAGCCAUUUCCAUUACGAUCACCACCUUGACUGACGUUCUAGCGUUUUACCUCAGCUUCAGCAACCCGUUUGGCUCUGUGCGGUCUUUCUGCCUCUACGCUGGCACGGGCGUGUUCUUCUGCUACCUCUAUAACAUAACGUUCUUUGGGGCGUGUUUGGCUUUAAAUGGUAGGAGGGAGGGGGAAAACCGACAUUGGUUGACUUGCAUGAAGGUUCCAGAAGAGUACUCAACAGGACAAUCUAAAGCGUACACCGUGUGCUGUGUUGGAGGUUCUUAUAACCAUACCACAGGAACCGAGGAAGUACAUCCAAUGACGCUGUUUUUCAGAAAGUACUACGGACCGCUUUUGACCACAACUUGGUCUAAAGUAAUUGUAAUUCUUCUAUACCUGACAUACGUCGCAGUUAGCGUUUAUGGAUGUCUGAGGCUUAAGGAGGGCAUUGAUCUCAAGAAUCUAGCGCUUGAUGAAUCAUACGUCGUCCAACACUAUGCGGCUGAAAAGACAUAUUUUGAUUAUUAUGGUCCAAAUGUGAUGUUAGCUGUCAAUGGUACAUUUCAAUACUGGGAUGAGAACGAACAGCAACAACUUGAGUCUUGUAUUGUACAAUUUCAAGAGCUUGAUUUUGUCAAGAACAUAUCAACAUUCUGGCUUCAAUCUUUUGAGAAAUAUGCCAAAGAAACCAGCAAAGACAUUAGCUCUGAGGCAGAGUUUAAAACACAUCUGAAUGAGUUUCUGGACCACCAUCCCAUGUUCAGACAGGAUGUCAACAUAACAAAUGCUAACAUAACUGCUUCACGUCUGUUUCUUCAGACAUUCAACAUUUCCUCAGAGAAGACCAUGCUGAAUUCAUUACGAGAGACAGCAGAGAACUGCCAGUGGCCGCUGGUGGUCUAUCAUCCAGCAUUUAUAUAUUAUGAUCAAUAUACUGUGAUCGGUCACAUCACCGUUCAGACCAUCAGUGUAGCAACAGCAGUCAUGCUAGUAAUUUCUCUUGUACUAAUUCCAAAUCCUCUUUGUGCCCUUUGGGUGACUUUUGCCAUAGCUUCAGUCAUUUUGGGAGUUACGGGCUUUAUGGCACUAUUAAAGAUUAACCUUGAUUCCAUCUCCAUGAUAAAUCUGGUCAUAAGCAUUGGUUUCUCUGUGGACUUCUCCGCUCACAUCUCGUACAUGUUUGUGUCCAGUGCCAAGUCUGAUGUGAAUGAGAGAGUUGUGGAGGCUCUGACGCACCUGGGCUUUCCUAUACUUCAAGGGGCCUUGUCGACGAUUGUGGGCGUUGUGGUCCUUUCAGCUUCUACAAGCUACAUAUUCAGAACGCUCUUCACUAUUGUGUUCCUGGUCAUUGUGUUUGGGUUAUUUCAUGGUAUUGCUUUUAUUCCAGUUUUUCUAACUUUCACUGGAUUUUGCCACAAGUUGUGGCAGCACUGA